GGGCAAGGCUGGCAAGGCCGGCAAGAAGGCACGUGGUGCAUGUGUGACGUCAGCUACGUCGUACUUCGGGGCGUGCAAUUGUCGGUUCUGCUGCUUGCCGCUCGUUCGGAAUGGGGGUGAUUCCAGUCGCCGCAUUCGCCAUCGGAUGCGUCUUGCCACUCGCAGUGGCUUAUCCGAACCUCGACUACCUCGGCAACGCGUCCUUCGCGCUGCGCUUCUUCAACUCUGUGCCCGGGAGACCGGACGACUUUGGGCGGUCCCUCCACACGAUCGAGACCCUGACAGGCGCGUUGCCGGAAUCGGGAGAAAAGCCGUCCGGCAAGCGAAACAAUCUACUCGAAGUCGCCAAGAGACUGAAUCUCACAAAACUAGUCGAAGCCGUCACCAAGGUGGGCCUUCAUCAUGUGCUGAAUCACGAGGGUCCCUUCACGCUGUUCGCCCCCACAAAUGAGGCAUUUGACAAUGUACCUGGCUACUGCAGCAAUGUGCCACUCCUCGACAUCAUCAAGUACCACAUUGCACUUGGCUCACACAGGAAAAUCGAGUUUAAAAACAAUGUGCAGCUCGACACCUUGCUGGUAGGUCGCAGAGUCAGGGUGAACAUCUACCCGAAUACAAAGGAAAUAACUGCGUCUGGAAGGAUUGUGUCUGCUCCGGACAACCGUGCCUCGAACGGCAUACUGCACGUCCUGUCUGGGGUGAUGUGUUCCCUGUACAAGGGCAAUGCGGCCUUUGAACUGCAGCGCUGCCCCUGCUUCGGCAUUCUCAACUCGUUCAUCAACAUGACAGACCUCUACAAUGAUCUGAACGCCGACGGACCUUUCACCGUCUUUGCUCCAACCGACAGUGCCUUUGCAAAGCUGAGCCCAGAUCUGGUGAAUGACCUGAAGAACAACCUCACUGCUCUGAAAGAGGUUCUCCUGUACCAUGUGGUCCCGGACGUGUGGUACGCCGCUGGGCUGAGUCCCGGCCAGCUCAAGACCCUCCAAGGACAGAAGCUGACCGUGGACGUGAACACAGGUGCUAUAACCGUCAACGAUGCCACUGUGGUGCUCCCCGAUGCCACCGUCGGUAAUGGCGUGGUGCACAGCAUCGACACCGUCCUGCUUCCCAAGCUCGCCGCAGGAGAGGGUGCCCCAUUCAAGCCGUCCGUUUCAGUCGUGUGAUGUUGAGAAACUUUGUCUUGCCCUUUGUUACAUUGCAAGGUACAGCGUAGUUGCAGUCUAGCCCCCAGCUUUGUUUGAAUAGGCAUUGGGCGUAUGUGCAUUGCAUCGAUGUAUUCUCUGCUAGGACUGCCCUCUUUUUGGUCUGCAUGCGUUGAAAUAGGAGUGUGGACGUCACAUGUCACAAGGAACUUACAAACAAUGUGGCGAUUCCGUCAGACAGGAUUACCCUUGUAGGCUGUGGUUACGAACAAGUGGAUGUUCUUACACAUAUGUGUAAGGCACAUAUAUAGCGAAGACUUCACAUAUAAAUUAGUGUCUCGAGAGUCACGCUUGAAGUUUGCGUUAGCCGAAAGAAAGUCUAUAUGAUGCUGUCACGAGGGAAAGGUGGCUUGUUGAUCCUCAGCAGGAAAUUGGCUGCGUUAUGGCUUGCCUGUGACGUCAUCCAAAGAGCACUCCGACCGCCACCGAAGAGGAGGUGAAAAAGGAGCUCCCCUCCAAGCAGGACCCUCUUUUGUGUCUCCCACAUUUGCCCCGAUGUCGCUAUCUCCUCCCAGAAGAUUAGAGAAAAUUAACCCAUCGCUCAAAAUUCCUACAAAAGCAGCUUUCCUCUCUCUCUCUCUCUCUCUUUCAUAGUGGUCAUACGUAUGCGAUGUUAUGUUAGUGCAAGCCAUGCAUGUGUGGAUUAAAGCGGUGGUUCUCAAAUA